AGUUCCUGCUUCCUUUGGAAAUGAUUCCUCAUGGCCCUCUAUUUGCUGCAAAUACACCUUACUUUGUGAGACGACUUCCACUGGUGUAGAGUCUUAUUUAACUCACCAGGAGGUGAGCCCACUUGGUUUGGUAUCAAGACCUCUGGACGGGAAUGGGGAUAGGGUCCCCGGGGGGCCCCAGAGCCCUGAGCCACCUGCUGCUCCUGUUGCUGCUACUGGAGGAACCCCUGGGGUCCUGCACUGGAACCCACACUCUCCGCUACGACCUCAUGGCCCUGUCCCUGGACAGGCCUGGGAAGCCCCAGUUCCUGGCCCUGGGGUACUUUGAUGAUGAGGUUUUCUUGCGCUAUGACGGCAAGAGCCACAAGGCAGAGCCCCUUGGUCUAGGGAUCCAAACGGACUUGGGACCUGAGACCUGGGAGAGAGAGACCAAGGACCUGAAGGAGAAGGAGCGGCAGCUCAGACAGAUGCUGACAGAGGUCAUGGGCCAGCAGGGCCAGGGUGCGGGCCUUCACUCCCUCCAGGCCACAUUGGGCUGUGAGCUCCAGGGAGACAGCACCAGAGGCUUCUGGCGCUUGGGCUACAAAGGGCAGGACUUCCUCACCUUCGACUCACAGACCCUCACUUGGACGUUGGCCACGCCUUCAGCCCAGCACAUCAAGAAGCUCUGGGAGACCCAAGGCCCCAGGGCUGAUCUGGUUAAGGAUUUCCUGUGUGUGACUUGUCCUGCCCAACUCUGGAGAUACCUGGCCUCCUGGAGGGGCCUCCUGGAGCAUACAGGUACUGACCUGGGCGGGAGGGUCCACCCACUGAGUCUACCCCUGGUUCCUACAAGGAAGAGAACUUUCCUCUUGUUUUCUGAGUGGCUGUCCUGCACUGGCCUUAGGCUAGUUGCUGAGUUGUGAGUGAAUUGUCGGAGAAGCACACCCAUGUGGGUGGGUGAGGGGUCUCCUCUGAACGCAUUGCUGGUCAAUCAGCUGGAGAAGUGGAGGGCCCUCAAAUGUGGGCCCAGAUCUCAGACCUCAAGCCCCAGGCAGGCAGGAGAGGGAAACCUUUUCUCUCCAAGACCCUCAUUCUCUGGGAUGUUGACUUGACGGGGAGAGACAUCUAGGUUUGAACUCCUUGGCGGAGGCCCUAGGAUGAAGCCAACCUCGUUGGAAGCCAAGAUAGAACAAAAUAUUCCAGCUCUGGAGCAAGGGUCACAUGUUCAAAGGCAAACCACCCAGAAUCCUAUUACCAGGGUCAUUCCACUGCUGUUCUGCUUUCACUUUUAGAAAAGUCCACUUUAAAGUUUCCUCCUCAUCUAAGUCUUGUGACAUAAAAUAAAAUGAAAGAGUAGAUACUGUGUGUGU